AAGGAGACUAUGGACCCUCUUUGUCAUAUUUUUCUCCUUCUUCUGGCUUUCCACAGGAUAACCCCAGCUGUUUCAUCAUGUGUCACAGGAUGCUCUUGUUCUCAAGAGAGUUUUGGAAGGAGUUUGCUCUGUAUGUCAGCGCUGCUGAGGCAGAUCCCUGCAGACAUCCCUCAGGACACCCGGAAAAUUAGGAUAGAAAAUUCUCACCUAACGGAACUGCCUCGCGGGUCUUUCGAGAACAUCAGUGCCUUGGAGUAUCUCUGGCUCAAUUUUAACAACAUCACAGUGAUGCACAUCAAGAGCCUGGAGUAUCUGUCGGCUCUGAAGGAGCUGCGCUUGCAAGGGAACAAACUGAGUUCGGUGCCAUGGACAGCAUUUCAAGACACCCCGGCUCUGAAAAUCCUGGAUCUGAAGCACAACCGCCUGGAUGUUCUCCCAGAGCAUGCACUGCGCUACCUGCCCAACCUGACCUACUUAGAUCUAUCCUCAAAUCAGCUUACUGUCAUAUCCAGGGAUGUCUUCUACAGCUGGCCUGUCUACCAGAGAAGCCAAAGGGUCGAGGGGCAGACAGAAGCUGUUCCAAAUGCUGUCCUGGCCCUUCACGACAACCCCUGGAUUUGUGACUGUCGCCUGCGGGGCUUUGUUCAGUUUAUCAAGUCAGUUGGCCCACCUAUUAUUCUGAUGAAUUCCUAUUUAACUUGCUCAAGCCCAAAAUUCAGGGCAGGGAAGUUUUUUCAUGAAGUGGAGCUCAACAGCUGCAUGAAGCCCCUGACCUCAGCCCUUGAAACCAAUCUGACAGUUCCCAUGGGGCUGAACAUCACCCUGACCUGCUUUGUGCAAGGCAGCCCUUCCCCAGCUGUCUGGUGGACCUAUGCACUGAAACUGUUGAGGGCAUUUAAUGUGUCCACCGAGCCCAUCGGCGAGGACACUGUCCGCUCGGAGCUGCUGAUCCCGGCAGCACAGCCGGCGGACGCUGGCACCUACACCUGCACAGCCGCCAACUUCCUGGGCAACACCUCAGCAGCCAUUGUCCUUCACGUGGUGGCCCCGUGGGCAGCCGCCACUGCCCCGGGCUGGGCCCCCGUCGCCCCGGCUGAGCCAGGGGCCCACGUUGAAGUGCGCAUCGCAAAGCAGACGGUCUACGGCAUCACCCUGGAGUGGUUUGCGGCAGCAGCGGCGGCAGCAGAGCCAGGGGAGACCUGGUACACCCUCCUGGUGGGCCGCUACGAUGCUGCCCAGAAAGAUGCCAUCUACAUCGGCCCCGGCGUCAACACCUACUCAGUGACCGAUCUGCUGCCCGCCACCAAGUACGAGGUGUGCGUGGCCGUGCGCAACCAGGCUCCCCGCAAGGGCCAGUGCGUCGUCUUCGUCACGGGCAGCGACAUCAGCCAGCUGGAGCAGCGCGAGAAGCUCAUCCACAUCGUGGUCAUCGUCUGCGCCAUGGUGCUGGCUGUGCCUGCCGGCAUGUACGCCUGCACUGCCGAGGCACGGCCCGGCUGCCUGCUGCGCUGCCCUGGGGCUUGUCUGCGCCGGCGCCGCGGGGGCCAGGCCCAGGCAGCGGGCAGCAAGGAGAGCACGCUGGACAGCCUGCCCGCUGGCAGCGAGGAUGGGCUCUGCCACCACGACGGUGGCCGUGGUGCCCGGCGGCCCCCGGCCCGUGAGGAGCCCGGCAAGAGCCGGCCGCCCCACAGGAACAGUGCAGACCUCUACUAGCCCGGCCCUGCCCCCAGCACUGUGCCAUGCGGGCUCUGUGCAAUGACUGCCGCCCGUGGGGGCUCGGGCAGCCCUGGCAACAGGGCUGUGAGACCGUGGCUGCGUGGCUGUGGCCCCAGACACAUGAGAACACAGGUAUUGACCAAAAACCCCAACCCUAACCCCGUAGCGGUGCAUGUGGCGAAAGGCCGAAGGGCUCCCCACACACUUGUACAGGAGGGUCCUUGUGUCCUUACAUGCCCUGCUGGGGUGGGGGAGGCUCAGCUGCUCCUGCUGCUGCUUCAUGGAAUAGCACAGGGCAGCCAGGGCAAGGCCUGGCUCACAACCAGCAACAAAACAUAGCAGGGAAGGAUGGGGCAAAGUGAUGGAGACAAUUUGUUUCACUUGGAGAAACUCCCUGUUGAUUUUUCUUUAAACCAGGGAUGCUGGGUGUUGGUUUGGGGGUUAGGGGCUUAUUUUUUCUGCUUGUUUUGUUUGCUUUGGUUUGAUUUGUUGUUUUGUGGGGAUUUUUUCCUCACUCCUCCUUGGGGUUUACAGAGCCCUGAGAGAUUCAGUCUGUUGUACCACACUGAGCACCAGCACAGUGUAGCUGCAGCACAGGGUUUCGAGUUGUUUGGUUUUUGUACUAGCGAGAAGGAGAGGGACUUUUGCUUGUGUCCAAACACAUCUAAGAGGAGCUAUGUAUGUUGUGUUAAUAUAUUCUUUGUAAAGUUAAGAACACAAACUGGCGAGAAGUGAAGUUUGUCAUGUGAGGCAAACUGUUUCCCCUUCCACCCUCCCCAUCACUUUUCCCCAGGCCAGUGCUGUAUCUGCAGGGUUGUGUGUGGGGUGAUGGAGACACUUGGCAUGAAGCAGGCUGGUGGGACAAGUGGCUCAGGACAGAAGGGAGAGAGGGUGUUGGAGCUGGGGUUUGGGAGCCGAAGGUGAGAGAUACAGAUAGGCUGCCUGCCUAUCCUGCUGCUUGGAAACCAAAGUUCAUCUCAUUUCUAGAGGCGACCUCCACAAAUAUGCAAUCAGUCCCUGCUUACAGAGCAGCUCACGCUGUGUUCUAGGGAGUCUGAGGACAUGUGACAUCUUUUUCUCGUUUAGCCUCGUGCUUUCCAGCACAACCAAAGCACGUGGCUGACAGACCCACAGCCCUUGUCAGAUGUGUUGCUGUUGAUGCCUCAGAGAAAGCACUAGAGUAGAAACCUCAUCUGCCAGUAGAGGCUAAGACUAACGUGAGCUUCACUAUGUCGCAGUUUGGCUUCUUAGCUGUAUUUUGGUUUCUGCUGCAUUUUCCACACUGCCUCUCCUCAGGCCCCACAUUUCCCCCUCCAGCACCUCCUUCUGCUGUAACUUACUGUGCAGCUUCUGAGCAGAGCCCUGUUUGGUCAGUGCUGACUCGGUGUUGUACUCCAA